AUGGAGACAAGGAAGGAGAAACUUAUGGAGGAGCUCCUCCGCCGUCGUGGCCGAUCCCCUGCACUGCCGCUCCGAGCCAUCCUCAGCCGGUCUCCGAGCACCACCGCCGCUCUGCCAGCUCACCCGAGUCGGCCGCCAUUCCGCCUGCCACCGGAGCUCCCCCUCACCCGCGAGCUCGCACCACCGCCUCUGCCCGAAGCUGUGACGCCGCCGCUGCCCACCGUCACCGCCGCUUCACCAGCAACCCAUGAGCCCGCGUGCUGGCCAUCGCACCUCUACCACCACCGCUCCGCCAGCAAGCCACGAGCACCCCCGCCGCUCCUGCAGCCAUCUCCGUGUGGAGCCUUCACCACGCCGACGCCAGCAGCCCUCUACCGAGCCGGUCUCCGCCCCCUUACUACAGCAUCAGCUGCUACUGCUGCCGACGCCACCGCUCCGUCGAUCCCCGCACCUCUUGCUGCAACAAACCACGACGCCAGCAGCCCGAUCCCAGCUCAGAACACGACCUGCAGCACCUGCCGCCACUGCCACCAACACCAGCAGCCCGAGCCCCCUCGUUGUUGCCAUCGCUGCCCUCUGCCCGAGGAGCCGAUUGCGAUCCCGCAUCGGAUCCAAAACCUCUUGGACACGAAGGCCUUUUCAUUUCAAACUGCUCAGCCAAAUGUUCAAAAAAAUCCAUUACUAGAGCAUGAAGGUAGGGUGAAUGCUAUUACGGAACUGGCCGGUCAAACCAAGAAUUUGAAGGUGCACAUGGUGGAUGCCUACAAUGGACUGGAGCAGGUUGCGCUUGAUGCUGAUAAGGAUGAAAUAGAUCCUUCGCUCAUGGACAUGCUUCCACUAGAAGAUGAAGAAUUGUCUAUUGAGAUCCCCGCAUCCGACGGAGGAAUAGUGAUUGAGAUGCCUUAG